CUAUUGCGCCUGCGCAGCGCGCCGUUCGUGUUCUUCGAAGCUUCGCCGGGCGCCAUGGACGACGAGGAGGAGACGUACCGCUUGUGGAAGAUCCGGAAAACCAUCAUGCAGCUGUGUCACGAUCGAGGUUACCUGGUCACCCAGGAUGAGUUGGACCAGACCCUGGAGGAGUUCAAAGCCCAGUUUGGCGACAAGCCCAGCGAAGGGCGACCCCGGCGGACAGACCUCACCGUGUUGGUGGCCCACAACGACGACCCCACCGAUCAGAUGUUUGUCUUCUUCCCAGAGGAGCCAAAGGUUGGGAUUAAGACCAUCAAGAUGUACUGCCAGCGGAUGCAGGAGGAGAACAUCACCCGGGCCCUCAUUGUGGUGCAACAGGGCAUGACUCCCUCAGCUAAACAGUCUCUUGUAGACAUGGCUCCCAAGUACAUCCUCGAGCAGUUCCUUCAGCAAGAACUGCUGAUCAACAUCACUGAACACGAGUUGGUUCCCGAACAUGUUGUUAUGACUAAAGAGGAGGUGACCGAGUUACUGGCCCGAUAUAAGCUCCGAGAGAACCAGCUCCCCAGGAUACAGGCCGGGGACCCGGUGGCUCGCUACUUUGGAAUCAAGCGAGGCCAGGUGGUGAAGAUCAUUCGUCCCAGCGAGACGGCCGGCCGGUAUAUCACCUACAGGCUGGUGCAGUAGCCGACAAAACUACUUUGCAAGGUACUCUUACCUCCUUACCUUAAGAGGAAAUGUGGGCAGCCUCCUUUUAGAGAGAUCUGCUUUGCUGAGAAAUGCUUCUUUGACAGAUUUUGAACAGUAUAUACCUAACAAGAUACCAACACUUCUCCUGUCGCCCCCUGGGUUCCGUCAAUUUUCCGUACACCAUGCAGCGCGGAGACUGCAAACCUGCUUUCCUAAUAACCACAAGGAUUGGAAUUUGGGGCGUACGUGUUUGUGUCUCUUCUGGAGGGAAAGCCCAGGGAGUCUUCUUGGGCAUAGGAUUGCUGCUUCGAACCGCCCAAGCUUCUAGAUCUCAUGAUCUGAAUUGGAACUGCUUGCUAACGUCACAACAGGCACCCUACUGAUAAUUCCACCCCCCAACUGAACAGGGGCCAGGUAUAUUUUGCUUACACUGAUGGCAUGGCCUGGAAGCCGUUUUUGGCUGUGUGCCUUGGAUCCUUCAUCUCUCUUAGCUCUGCGUGUUCACCUCUAAUUGAAGAAACGAAAGAUGCUCUUUUUCCAAGCCUGGAUGGAGGACCCUGUGUAGAGGCCUCUCUGCCUUUAGAGUGUGCUUGCAAGAAACCGUUUGCGAGAGAAAGGGUUUUCUGGACUCCUGAGAACGUUCCUCUUCCUUUCUCUGUUUUGCUGAUCACUGCUGGGGAAAAUCCGCCUCUCUCGAAAGGAGCCUCGACGGUCUUGUCUUAAUAAGGUUAUCAUUUCAAUAAAGCGUUAGAACUAAUAA